GUUCCUGUUCAAAACCAGCCAAUCGGAAACUCUGUGGGCAUGAAUAAUGUAAUUUCACCACCUCCACAUACUGUAAAGACAGAUUUGCAGCUCCCUUCUAGUGUUAGUACUGCUGCUGCGACAAGUGUUAGCCAGCUACCCACUCCAACGCUUGCCUUCAGCUCUGGGGUUCUACGGUUCAAAAGACCCUCAGAUUUUGCACCACAAGGCCUUACCGCUUCUGUUUUAACUACUCAAACCUCAUCCAAAUCAAGCUCCGUUGUGUCGCUGAAUUCAGCAAAUGGCUGCCAUAGUCUCCAAAAUUCAAUAAAUUCCCACCCGGACCUUCCGGAGAGUAUUAACGAAGAGAAAGACGGGGAAGACAGUCCAUUGGGGAGUGGGGAAAUAAAUCGUGCGAUGUCUGAACUCGAGGAUGUAAAUCCGGGCACUUGGUCAGGUCGCCUCCCUCCUGCGCUUCCUGGGUUGCUCACAUCUUCUACUAGCCAAUUCUACCUCACGACAGCUAGGCAAAGAACUUCAUUUGAUCCGCAUCUUCGAGUCGAUAAGAUUGUCAAUCCCAGGCGAAACAAUGAUGAAGAUAAUAAGAGUAUAAAAUCGGAGUGUCUUCCAAUUAAAAGUUUUGGUGAGCUUAACGAUAUAUUUUCCACUUAUCUCAAUUAUUUGUUAUUGGAAAGAGCAGACAUUGAACGAUUCGGACAUUCAUAUUCCAUGAAACUUAAGUGA